CGUGGCUAUAUAACUGGACAAAACGACGGUUAUAGAAUUCUCAAUUCUGGGAGGGAAAAUUAACGAACGCUGAAUGGGAAAGAGAGAGAAAGAGAAAUGUACGUUAAUGGCGGACGAUAGUGCGAUCUUCUUUUCUAUUUAAUUCCUUUUCCUCUGCGAACUGCCAUUGUUGCGCCCUAAUCUAAUGAAGACGAAGCUCAUUGAUCGCCUUGUUAUCAUCUUUCGGAAUUUGGAUCACAGUUCAGGUUGAUGCGGUCCGAGGGGAUUUUAUUAGCAAGGGCUGGACUUGAUUCUGCAACUUGAAUGGCCGAUCUGCAGAGGAAUCGCCAUUUUUUUGAUAAAGACACCUCACAGGCCAUUAUAGCCCUGAAGAAAGGGGCACAUUUGCUGAAGUUUGGGCGUAGGGGAACUCCAAAAUUUUGCCCCUUCCGGCUUUCUAAUGAUGAGAAAUUGUUGAUAUGGUACCGACGGAAACAUGAGAAACAUCUUAAGCUAAGUCAAGUCUCAAAAAUAAUACCUGGACAGCGUACUGCUGUAUUUCAGCGCUAUCCUCAGCCGGAAAAAGAAUAUCAAUCAUUCUCUCUGAUAUACAGUAACAGGUCCUUGGACUUGGUAUGCAAGGACAAGGAUGAAGCUGAACUCUGGCUUGCUGCUCUGAGGGCCUUGAUUUCUCGGGAUAACAGUCAUUGGUGCAAUGAAACAAGAAGCGAAAGUGGAACGAUAGAUGGUCCAUAUUACCCUAUACAAAGAAAAUCAACAUCUGACCUGCCAUGCAGUAGAAGUGAUAUAAUUUACAAGGAUGUAGAAGGCAGUCAAACUCUUUUGGUUCCAUAUGAGAAAUCUCCUCAGAAUAGUUUGGGAAAGGCUUUUUCUGAGGUCUUUUCAUGCACUUCAGCAGGGAAGGCAUACAAUAGAGCUGAUCCAUUCGCAAAACAUAUCAGCUUGUUAUCACCUGAUGGGUUAGAAGACACCCAAAGUAGUACCUCAGCUACUGAUACUUUUCGAAGUAGCGAAUCCAGUGCCUUUAGUUCAUCCAGCAAGGGAUCUUUUUAUGAAGACAUUGAUAACUUCAACGAUGUUUAUAUUUGGGGUGAAGGAAUUGGUGAUGGGCUGUUGGGUGGUGGCAUCCACAGAAUUGGUACUACGGCUGUCAGAAUGGAUGCUUUGCUUCCAAGGACUCUGGAAUCCACUGCUGUGCUUGAUCCUUAUUAUAUUGCUUGUGGGAGUCAGCACGCGAUGUUAAUCACCAAACAGAAGCAGCUCUUUAGUUGGGGUGAGGGUUCAGGUGGCAGGCUUGGGCAUGGAGUAGAGGAAGAUGUUUCUCAUCCAAAGCUCAUUGAUGGUCUUGGUGGAUCAAAGAUUGAGCUAGUAGCUUGUGGGGAACUUCACACCUGUGCUGUAACAGUUUCAGGGGAUUUAUACACUUGGGGAGAUGGUGCUCGUGAUUUUUGUCUUCUCGGGUAUGGAAAUGAAGCCAGCCAUUGGAUACCAAAAAAACUAAGAGGCCAGGAUUCUGCUCAAGUGUCAUUUAUCUCUUCUGGACCUUGGCAUACAGCUUUUGUUACAUCAGCAGGUCAGUUGUUUACAUUUGGUGAUGGAACUUUUGGUGCCCUUGGACAUGGUGAUUGUCGCAGCACAGCCGUCCCUAGGGAAGUAGAAACUUUGAAAGGACUGCGAACUGUGAGGGCAUCUUGUGGUGUUUGGCACACUGCUGCAGUUGUAGAAGUUUCUACUGGAACUUCUUCUGGUUGUAAUAGUAACGCUUCUGGGAAACUGUUUACUUGGGGAGAUGGGGAUAAAGGCCAACUUGGGCAUGGUGAUAAAAUACAUAGACUAACUCCAUCUCGUGUAACUUUGUUAGAUAAAGCAAACUUUUGCCAAGUGGCUUGUGGCCAUAUCAUAACCAUCGCUCUAACUACCUCAGGACAAGUUUAUACAAUGGGAACUGCUGAUUUUGGACAACCUUGUGUUCAUGAGAGUGUUAACAAGGGUCCUACUAAGGUUGAAGGUAAUAUCAAAAACAGAUGCAUCGAAGAGAUAGCUUGUGGUUCUCAUCAUGUUGCAGUUUUGAGCACUAAAGCAGAGGUUUACACUUGGGGAAAGGGAAGAAACGGUCAACUAGGCCAUGGAGACAAUGAGGACAAGAAGAAUCCUACACUUGUUAAAGCUUUGAAAGAGAAACAAGUAAAGAAAGUGGUGUGUGGCUCCAAUUUUACGGCUGUCAUCUGUCUUCACGAGUGGAUGUCUGGUGCUGACCAUUCCAUAUGUUCAGGUUGCCGCAAUCCAUUUGGCAUCAGAAGAAAGCGACAGCACUGCUACAAUUGUGGCCUUGUGUUCUGCAAAGCAUGCAGCAGUAAGAAGUCUCUAAAAGCCGCUUUGGCUCCCAAUACUAUGAAACCUUAUCAUGUCUGUGAUGAUUGCUUUACUAAAUUAAUGAGGAUCAUUGAAUUUGGGUCAAAUUCAAGCAGAAGUUUCUCUCGGAAUAUUAGUGCAGUUUCUGAGAAAGGAACUCCAAAGCAUGGACCUUUUCAUCGACGCCUUGCUUCUUUUGACUCAUCCAAACUGACUCUUAGCCCACAGAUCAACAAGGGAAAUUUCUGUCUCAUUUCCAAUGAAUGUUAUAACAGUGAAUCAGCCUCAACAUUUGAAAAACCAAAGUCUCACUCUCCUUCUAUUCCUAGACCGAGAUUGGUUCCUCGAGAAAAAGCUCUUUCUUCAAGAAGAUCAAGUCCAGCUUGUUUAGAGUCAAUUACUUCAACCCUUACUAGUCAUGAUCAUUCAGAAAUCACUAUUGAUGUUUCAAACCAAAAAGAAGAGGAUAUCUCUCAGGAAAUAAAUAUAUUAAGGGCACAGGUAGAGGACCUUACCUGCAAAUCUGAAAAUUUAGAAGCAGAACUGAUAAGGACAUCAAGGCAGCUGAGAGAUGCAACAGUGACAGCAGAGGAGGAAGCUGAGAAAACCAAAGCUGCAAAAGGAGUAAUUAGAUCUCUUGCUGCCAAGCUGAAGAACAUGGCUAAAAAGGUACCUCAAACUCAAUAGUGCAAAUGGAAAUUGUUUAUACCCUGGAACCAAGCCCCAUUCUUUAAGUCCAAAUUCUACUAGGUCAUGAGCCAUAGGCACAUAGCAAGUCGAGAAAGAGUUAGAUAUUGAAGUACCAAAGCUUCUAUUUAUCCGGUGGGAGUGAAGAAACAUCUCUGAAAAUAGUUAAGAUUAAAUCAGUGUCCAAUCAGUUUUAGAACAUCCAGGGGUGAGGUGUUAUCUCUGUACGUGGGCCUUUUCUUUUUCUUUCACAGUAACAAAGUUUCAAUCAAGAACAAGAAGAGAAAUGAUGGAAGAACAAGAACAUGGCUAUGGGGUUUGAGUGUCAUAAACUCCAAGAGCAUUAAAGGACUCAUAAGUCUGAAGUCGGCCGUUUGCAAAAUUUCAACCCUCUUCCCUUGUAAUUGCAAGUUUCUCUUUGUUUGUCUAGUUGGUGAAUCAUUCAGUUGUAAAAAAGACUAUGCAGUGGUAAAUUUUUUAGAAUAUCCACUUCAAAAUUGCCGAGACAAUUCUUUAUUUGGUUCUGAUCCUCACAAAGUGAAGUCUUGCUGCGCCUGUUAUAAGCUUGAUUUUAAUGCUUAAUUGUUCAUCUGGCUUCUUACUUCUUAGUUGUUACUAAAGACAACCAA